AAGCUAGCCCAACUUUUAAAGAAUGCAUAUUGAAUAUAUUUAGGCCCAUUUAUAUCUUCCUCAAGACCCAUAUUUAAUUUCCGGCAAGGAAGACAAACAAAUAACAUACUCAACCUCCAACUAUAUUUCCCCACGGCCACGUGCCAAAAAUCCACUGAUUCAUCAGUGACGUCUAGUGCCUUCACCUUCACGUAACAACAGAAAUUAAUCCAGUGAGGCAUUAUUGAAGUAUGCAACUCUUUUUAUUUCAAGCUACACAAUCAUAUGUUAAAAUCGAAAACUAUAUAUAGAGAUAAUUGAUUACUCCUUGGAAAUAGGAAUUAAUAAUAAUCUGAACAAAAACAUAAUAAAAUAAAAUUGAUGAAUUCGGUUAGGAGUUGGAGGUUGUACGUAUGUGUACGCAUGUCAAAAACUCGUUAAAAUAUCAUACAAUUCUCUAUAUAAUAUAAUGUCCCGACGCGUACUCUUAAUUACUAACUUCUAGGCCAAACACGUGUGCAUCACUAAAGCCAUAUCACGUCUUUUUUUUGUACAUCUCCUACCUAACUGCAUCAUCAAGAAACACCAACAACUUUUGUUAGGACCGAUUAAUCACAAACCGGUGUGAUUACAAGAUUCACUGUCUUUGAUUUCUGUAUUUGAAGAAGGAUAUAGAGAAUGGUGUGUUUCUGUUUCUUGGUGGACCAGAAGAGAAAGAUGAAAGCAAGCAAACCAGCGGCGGGAAUGUGUUCUCGGUGCGGUCGUGGUGCAAGAAUCGCUGACAUGAAGACUUCAACGAGGUUUUGUCUAAUACCUAUUUAUUGCAGAUCUUGGAGAGCCAUCGUCUGCAGCUUUUGCGGCUCUGUUCUUAAAUCCUACCGUUGAUAUUUCAUUUACACCAUUUUUAUAUCCCUCUUUUCCAGUUUUAGUGUCGUGUAUUGGCCUGGGUUUUACAAUGGGCUUAUAUUGUCGUUUAAUGGUAAUAUUGUAUUAAAAAUGAGAAUUUCAAACAUAUUUGAUUUUCACCUGUAAUUUGUAAAAUUUAAUUAUUUUUACCAACCAUAACAAUUUGUUGGGAACGCGCUA